AUGAACUUACAUAUUCAUGCUUCAGUUUGUGUAAAAAAACAUAUUGUGACGAAAUAUGUGUUUUACCUGGAACUCUACUCCACGGCAACUCCCAUUAUUUUGAGGAAAUGAAUGUGUGAUCUGUGUUAUCACUGCUUGGCCAAGACUUGUCAUGCAUUUUGCCAGAGGUCUGUUUUUCCUGCUCAUAUGUGUGGAGCUGCUGUGCCUACAGAGCUCAAUGGUCCUGGCGAGCAGCAGCAGUCUUUGGGGUAAGAAGCUGGAGUUUAAGUCGUCUUCCUGUCUAUGGCAGCUCAGUCCAGACACUGUCAUACCUGCCCUGGAGGAGCUGAGCGUGUGCCUGCUGUUGAGGACUGCUGCUGACACAGAAUGGACAGCGUUUGUGUACAAGGCUCCGGGGAGUAGAAACAUUGAGCUUGGUCUUCAAGGCAAAGGGGAUCUUCUAUCAUUAUGGUUGUUUGGAAAUAAAACACAAGUUGAAAAAAGACUAAAUCGUUAUGAGUGGCACUCAGUCUGCACCACUUGGUCUGGGAAACUGCAAAAAUUGCAAUUAUACAUCAAUGGAACUAAGGAGGCUUCUAACUAUUUAGAAACUACCACCCUCACUCAUUUAGCCCCAGGUGGAACACUCACAUUGGGGCGAUCUCAUUUCUUGAGGGAGAAAACAGUGCAACCAGAGUUUGGGAACAGUCUCAUUGGUGACAUUAGUCAGUUUAGGAUUUGGUCCAAACGAUGGAGUGAAGAAGAGCUUCAGAGACAAGAAUGCACUGAUGCAGAUGUAAUCAGCUGGGACCAGCGGCACUGGAAAACUGACUGCUCUGCUCCAAAGCCCCACAGCCUGAUCUGUAACUGGUCAUGGUACAAGGUCAAAAUGAAAGUUCAAUAUCAACAUAUUGGUGGAAUGUAUUCAGUUACAUAUCUGAAAAAUGCUACAGAGCAAUGGUUGGAAAGGAUUUUUCCAAGAAACAUUUCUAUCCUUGACACCUUUGUCUUGCCAAGCCAUCCGUGUAAACAAGUUAAUCAUUCAGCAGUGUUUAAUGGACAGCUAAUGCAGGGAUCACACUACUCGACUUCCAUCAGCUUUGCAUGCUUUCCUGUCAAGCUCUCUGUAAAAGUGGAACCUGCAGCGGAUGUGGGACUGGUUCAAGCAGACAUCACAGCGAGGCUCAGUUCCCCAUUUCACUCUAACUUCCUAAACGCGACGGCCGACCCUGAGAGCAUUCUGGUGUUAUCUGUGGAUUCAUAUCCUGCUGUGACAGAGAGCCCAUCAACAGUGAACACAGUCAGUUCACCCGGGAUAAGUCCAACACAGAGUAUGCCAGUAUAUCCUGGAAACACAACAGAGGAGCAACUAGAUGUAAACAAAACAUUUGACAGAGCAGAUAUAUUCUUUAGAGUCAACCUAGUGUUGGGAAUAGCUGGAUCUCUCUCAAAUCCCUUGCUUUUUAUAAAGACAUUGGUGAAGGAAAAGUUGCAUUACAGCAGCACCAUGAAACCACUGAACUUUCUAAUAUCAGAGACUGCUGCUCGCAAUCUUUUUCCUUACAGUGGACCUUUGGCUCUCAAAACAGUACAAAAACAAUACACUUGUACCUUCCAUGUACAGGAAGAUCACAUCUACAAUGUUUCUGUGGUUCAAAACUAUAUUGAAAACGCCCUGAAUGCUUCAUUUUCAAAUGAGUCCAUCAGUUUUCAAACAGUUAGUCUGCAGAUAAAACACAUAGAGCCAUCAGACUGCUUAGAAGAGAGAACAUCUACAAUCUAUGGAAAUUAUUUUUGGGCUGCAACAUUUCCUCAGGACAUUCAAACCAUGAGAUGCCAAGACCCACCACAUGAAAACGCUUACAGGCUUUGUAAGCUGGAGAUCAGCACUGACACAACUAAAUGGGCUAAAGCUGAUAUGAGAAACUGCAACCCAAAAGUGACCAUCCCCGAUAUAGAAAACAUCACUGUCACUACAGAAAAUGCGGGAGAGGUGGUCGAGACCAUUCAGGACCUGGUUAAUGAGCAGCUCAGUAAUUCCUCUCAGCUUUCCCCUGACGACCUGAACACUGUGUUGGAAAAGCUCCAUGAAGUAGUGGAGGUGGGCUCAGAUGCAAAGCUCGGAGCAAACAUCAUCGCUAUUGUGGCCGGCAUUCUUGUUUCCAACACAGAUGUUACGACGCUCUCCAAUGUAGUGCUGAAUCUGACGUCAAAGAUGGGAGAAACUAUGGAUUUCCAAGGCACGGCUGAGAGUAUUACAGCUCCAUCUCUAGCCCUUUCUCUGUGCAACGUGGAAACACAAGGAUUUAGUGGCCUCACAUUUGGUGUAUCCUCUUUGUCGACAAACCUAGAGCCACAGGUUUUUGUUGAUGAAACGUUUGUCAGUGAUCAAAUUCAAAACACAAAGGCAAGCAUCUCGUUGCCACCUGAAGUUCAGAAUUUCUUUUCUAAAAAUACGAACACAACACGCCUCCAAUUCCAGUUCUUUGCAACAGGCAGACUUUUUCAGGAUCCUUACUUAGAGAAUUCAACAACAAAGGAAAGAACACUGAACUCCUACGUAGUAUCUGCCAGUGUAAAUGACAGCAAAGUGCAUAACCUGUCAGAAAGAGUUGUGGUGAAUCUUCGUCAUCAAAAAGCAGCACAACCAGAUGAUCAAGUGCUCUGUGUUUUUUGGGAUUUUCAGAACAAUGGUGGACGCGGCGGAUGGAACGAGAGGGGCUGUGAGACCCAGAGCGUCUCUCACUAUCAGACCAGAUGCCUCUGUGACCAUCUCACACAUUUUGCAGUGCUACUGGAUGUAUCCAGAGCUCCAAUUAGUGAAAUCGACUCUCGAAUAUUGACAAUCAUCUCUUACAUUGGGUGUGGUAUUUCAGCCAUUUUCCUUGGCAUUACCCUCCUUACUUAUCUUGCAUUUGAGAAGUUGCGUCGGGACAAUCCUUCUAAGAUCCUCAUUAACCUGUCUGCAGCUCUACUGGGCUUGUGCAUGCUUUUCCUGCUUGAUGCUUGGCUCUCAUCUUUCUCCGUCUACGGCCUGUGCAUUGCCACUGCAGCUACUCUCCAUUAUUUCCUGCUGGCCUCAUUCACAUGGAUGGGCCUGGAGGCUCUACACAUGUAUCUAGCCCUGGUUAAAGUCUUCAACAUCUAUGUGCCCUCAUACAUACUCAAGUUCUGUGCUGUUGGAUGGGGUCUUCCUUUAGUCAUCGUGAGCCUGGUGCUGGCUAUAGACAAAGACAAUUAUGGAAGUUCCUUGUUGCAAGAGAGUACAGUGGUGGUUCAAUCCAAUGAUCCCUUCUGCUGGGUGAACAGUGAUGUGGUCUUAUAUGUGACGGUGCUCAGCUUCAUCCUGCUAAUCCUGCUGGCUAACCUCUCUGUGUUUAUCGUGGUCCUCAUCCAAAUAAAGCGCAUGAGGAUCAGUAAGCCAACAGUAAACAGCAGCAGCCUCGUGAAUGACCUGCGAGCAGUGGCCAGCCUCACCGUCCUGCUGGGCCUCACCUGGUCUAUAGGCUUCUUCACGUUUGGCCCUGGGCAAGUAGCCAUGAUGUACCUGUUUUCAAUCCUCAACACCUUGCAAGGAUUCUUUGUGUUUUUGUUCCACUGUUUGAUGAAAGACAAUGUGCGAAAACAAUGGAGGACUCAUUUGUGCUGUGGCCGGUUCAGACUCAGCACUUACUCAGACUGGACCCAAACAGUGACAGGAGCACAUCAACCCAAAAAGAGACAUCUCGUUAACUUGGAUUCAGAUUCUUCCCCCGCGACCAGCACCAGGAAGAUUUCCCAUUCCUCGAAUUAACAACGAAACAUACGCAGACAGUCCAUAAGUCCAAUUUAUAGUGACGUCGCAUUAAAAUUUGCCACAUUCAGGUCUGUUCCUCAAUACUUCUCAAGCAAAAACAGACACCUUAUCAUUGUAGUACACAUAAACUGUACAUAACGUGGCUACUACUGAAUAAAACAUUUACUGUAAUUGUAAAGCUAACUUAUUCUGCUUUAUUAUAUGAUUAAAGUAAUAAGAAAAUAGAU